AUGGGCUCCAACUGUCUCCUCCGCCGACCCUUUAUAUUCGUCCUGCUCUUACUAUUCACGAUAUGCCAUCCCUCCACUGCGACAAGUCUCCCGCAAGCCGCCCCAUCCCAACGCCACAAUGGACUUUCAUACAUCAACCGUCUGCUCAACCUUCCUUUUGCCUGGUCUUCGAAGAAAUCUAGAAAGAAUCUAAACCAAUGGCUCGAUACGCACCCGAAUCUCCUGCGGAAUUUGCGACGAUAUGAAAACGAAGUGGUUAUACGAUUCAACGUCUCAACAAACGCACAUGAGGCAGCCUUGAGAAAGGCCAUUGAUCAGAUGCUGCUCGAUGUUUGGGAUUUCACAGAUAAUUACACUGAUGUGCGCAUUGAAGCUCGUCGCAUUCGUCCGUUGAUGGGUAUCCUCCCGCCCUCUCUACACGACAACCAUUUCAUCCUGAUUCCCGAUCUGGCUCGUCUCGUUGCCGCUACCUAUCCAUCAGAUGCUUCCUCUCACUCGAUCGUCCAACCCCCGUCUAAUGGCCGGGGCAUCACCCCCGCGAAUGACAUCCCCCCGCCUAAGAGGCGAGGGGUCGAUGACAUGUUCUUUCACGAUUACCAGCCACUCUCGGUUAUUAAUUCUUGGAUGAAACUACUAGACUCUAUGUUUAGGGGCCGUGGUCUCGUUCGGAUGAUUAGCAUUGGAAAAUCGUACGAAGGGCGCGAUAUACCAGCGUUAAGGGUGGGCAUACCAGCCAGCAGUGCGGCGCCGGAUAGCUCAGACGGCCCCAAAAAUACAAUCCUCAUUACUGGUGGUAUUCACGCGCGCGAGUGGAUCUCGUCAAGCACGGUGAAUUACGUCGCUUGGUCCUUCAUCAGGUCUAUCGAUGAAGACCCGAUGAUAGUCAAAAUUCUCGAGAAUUUCGACAUUGUCUUUGUUCCUGUCCUGAACCCGGAUGGGUAUGAGUAUACAUGGGACGUUGACCGUCUGUGGCGCAAAUCUAGACAGCGCACUAAGAUGCAGUAUUGCCCUGGAUUUGACCUAGAUCACGCCUUUGGAUAUAGAUGGGAUGCUACGCAACACCAGACUGAGCCGUGCUCUGAAAGUUUUGGUGGUUACCAGCCAUUCGAAGCCGUCGAAGCAGCCCAGCUAGCAGAUUGGGCCAAAAACGAGACAGACAAUGGUGUUAAGUUCGUGGCUUAUCUUGACCUCCAUUCAUACUCGCAGCAAGUCCUAUAUCCUUAUGCAUAUUCGUGUGCCGUCCGUCCGCCAAAUAUUGAAAAUUUACAAGAGGUAGCUAUGAGUUUGGCAAAACAUAUGAGACUUUCCAAUGGAGAAGUAUACACUACCACUUCUGCUUGUGAGGGGGCUGUGGCAAGCGCAGGCGAUGGAACAAAUGCGGAAAGAGUACGAGUUGAGGCGGGUGGAGGCUCAGCCAUCGACUAUAUCUUCCAUGAAUUGGGGGCUCGUUACAGCUAUCAGAUCAAACUACGAGACACCGGGAGCUAUGGGUUCUUACUUCCGAGCGAAUACAUCAUCCCUACCGGCGAGGAGUUAUACCAGGCAAUGAAAUACCUCGGGGACUAUCUUCUUGGCAACAACGGUCAUGAGUCAUGGGAUAGUGCUAGAGUUGGCGAACAACAAUCCGAGCAGACUACUCUAGUCGCCGAGGAAGACGAAGAUAUUGCAGAACUUCGAAGGAGGCGUCGAAGGAGAUGUAUCGGAUGCACAUAG